CGUACUCAGUUCUCUUUGGAGUUGUGGAUGUGUGUGCAGAGACAAAGGUUUUUGUGGUAGUCAGUGAAGUAGAUGUGUUAGUUUUGGUGAAUGAAAGUGGUUUUAUUGUGAUUAUAAGUGUGUGCAUGGAACAUAUACGUAUGGAAUUAUGUUCAGCGAGUGUGGAUACGUAAUAUUCAUCUUACUGCUGGCUCCGUACAUCGAAAGUGCGGAGCGCCUGAACGAGUACAUCUCGCGCUACGAGCCGCUGAGCUACGACCGCGCCGAGGUGCACCGGGCGCACACCCGCGUCCGCCGUUCGGCGCCGCGGCCCGGCGUCCACCCGCUGAGCAUCGAGUUCGAAGCCCGGGGCCGGCGCUUCCCGCUCCGCCUGCGCCGCGACACCGCCGCCUUCAGCGACCGCCUGCAGGUGCUGGGCUCCGCCGGGCAGCCGCUGCACGUCGACACCGCACACCUCUACCACGGACACCUGGCCGGUGAACCCAAGAGCCACGUAUUUGGCUCUGUCAUCGAUGGAGUGUUCGAAGGCAAGAUAUACUCGCCUUCAGAUGGUGCCUUCUACGUGGAGAAGGCACACCACUUCUUCCCGUCGGGACACAACGACUCCAUCCACUCUGUGAUAUACCACGAGGCAGAUGUCGAAGACCCUUACGAAAGCCAGCGCACAGGUCACGUCGGAGGUUGUGGCAUCACGGACGAUGUGGUCCAGUGGAUGGACCGCGUCCAGAACUCGGCGGAUGAAGAGGAGCCCGAGCCGCCACCCCCCUCCGCCCCCGCCACCGAGGGGGCAGAGCGGAGCAGCUGGGAAGAGCAGGGGGCCGAUGCCUACCAGAAGUACAGCCGCGAGGCCAACGAGGGCAGCAGAGGCGGCGGCAGAACCAAGAGGGCAACCCGGCCCAAGGAGGACAACCGCAACACGUGCUCGCUCUUCAUACAGACUGACCCCCUCAUCUGGAGGCACAUCUCCGAGACGGUAAACGGUGAUGCAGAAAAGACGAGGGAGGAGAUUUUGUCCCUGAUUGCACACCACGUUACGGCUGUCAACUAUAUUUACAGGGAUACCAAGUUUGACGGCAAUGUUGAGCACCGGAACAUCAAGUUUGAAGUUCAGAGGAUAAAGAUAGACGAUGAUGCUCCGUGUCAGCCUGGAUGGAGAGGUGACCCGAACCAGUUCUGUAUGGAAAACAUUGACGUCAGCAACUUCCUGAAUCUGCACUCUCUGGGCAACCACGAGGAUUUCUGUCUGGCAUAUGUGUUCACGUAUCGCGACUUCACCGGGGGCACGCUGGGGCUUGCGUGGGUCGCCUCUGCAUCGGGUGCAUCUGGUGGGAUAUGUGAGAAGUUCAAAACGUACACGGAGACAAUUGGUGGGCUGUACCACUCGACGAAGCGUAGCCUCAACACUGGCAUCAUCACGUUUGUCAACUACAACAGCCGUGUCCCACCAAAGGUUUCACAGCUCACACUCGCUCAUGAAAUUGGCCACAACUUUGGUUCGCCGCAUGACUACCCAGCAGAAUGCCGUCCGGGUGGGCUCAACGGCAACUUCAUCAUGUUUGCAUCGGCCACGUCGGGUGACCGGCCCAACAACAGCAAGUUCUCGAGCUGCAGCAUCGGCAACAUCAGCAAGGUCCUGGAUGCUAUUGAGGACAACAAGAAGAGGAAUUGCUUCACAGCUUCGGAGGGUGCUUUCUGUGGGAACAAGAUUGUGGAGAUCGGAGAGGAGUGCGACUGUGGCUACGACGAUGACGAAUGCACGGACAAGUGUUGCUACCCAAGACAGGUGUCGGAGGUGGAUCGCAUCAAGAAUGAGUCGGCCAAGGGCUGCUACCGGCGCGCCGGGACGCAGUGCAGUCCCAGCCAAGGGCCGUGUUGCUCCAGCGAGACAUGCCAGUUCGUGCUCAGCCGGCAGAAUGUGCUCUGCCGCUCGGAGUCCGACUGCAGUUGGAGCUCCAAGUGCAGUGGCAGCUCGCCCGAGUGCCCGGCGCCAAUGCCAAAGGCCAACAAGACGCGCUGCAAUGAGGGCACACAGUUGUGCAUCAACGGGGAGUGCACCGGUUCGAUCUGCCUCGAGUGGAACAUGACGGAGUGCUUCCUGAGCUCGGGCACGGACAAGCGGCGACUGUGCGAGCUGGCCUGCCAGAAUGGCACGGACGCCACCACCUGCCGCAGCACCAGCGAGUUCGCUGCUGCUGUCGGCCUGCCUCCCGGCGGCAUUAGCCUGCGGCCGGGGUCUCCCUGUGAUAACUUCCAGGGCUACUGUGAUGUGUUCUACAAGUGCAGAGCUGUAGAUGCUGAGGGGCCGCUGGCUCGGCUCAAGAAUCUCCUCUUCAAUAAGGAGACAUUGCUCACUGUUGCUCAGUGGAUCACGGAAUACUGGUGGGCAGUUCUGUUGAUGGGCGUAGCGUUCAUCAUCUUCAUGGGACUGUUCAUUAAGUGCUGUGCUGUCCACACACCCUCAUCGAAUCCAAAGAAACCACCUGCCCGACGCUUUAGCGAAACACUGCGUCACCCCAUGAGCACACUUAGAAGAAUGAGGGGACCCCCAGCAGGCCUGCCGGUCGGCUCGCACCACCCGGCGCAACUGCGGUCGGGUCCCUCGGGCCACUCCCGAGCCCCUGCCCACGGCUACGGGGAGGGGAGAGGUCAGUACUAUGCUCCCAAAGCCUCCGCCCCACCUGCCAACUACAGCCGCGGAGCCGACAUGUACGCAGGCGCGUACGGUGGGCGCAGCAAUGCGUUCGAGAUGCGCCACCACAAGGUCUGACAGACGGCGGCUGCCGGCGGAGAGUGGUGCACGCCGGGCCUCUCUUUUGCUGCCCCCCCGGUUUCCGGAGGCUUCCGGAGCCGGCCACCGCCACCCCCGACAUAGUCGCGGGGGCGGAGACUAUGACGACCACUGCCGCACAAGAGGUGGAACGGCUGUUCUCGGGAGCAAGUGAAGAACUAGUGAUUUUUAAAAGGAACAUUCGGACCAGACGGGGGGGAGAGAAGGCGGGGUGGCAUUAUCUGUAAGACUCAGAUUAUCAUUACAAUUGUGCUCAUUGCGAACUUGUGGAGAGAAACUUUUUUCUGACUGAAUGACAAAUUCCCACCUUCCACAUGACGUCACAUCAUUCACCGUCGCUUUUUGGGGUGUGCGACGCUUCGCCAGUCGGUUGAGCAUCGGCCCGUACGUCUUACUGUCGUACGCCGGAUUGUGCGAGUACAGCUUGCAUCUCAGAAGGGGUGCAGGCUCUGUGCUAAAUCAUUUCAGAAGUUUGGUUUUCCACACUGCCCGGAGAGCAAAAGAAGCUGUGGCUGUAUGUUGCUGGUGUGGUAGUAAGCUAUCGGUUCGGUUUGACAAUGUGGUACGCAGUUUGUUUUUUUCCACUCUUCUCCUAUAAGGGAUAACACAACGUUAUGGAUGACACCUAUUUGUGUGACAUUAAUCUGUAAUGGAAGCAUAUCAUUAGAGGUAUCUGUCAGUAUAACAGCACCAAAGACUUGGAUUGUAGGGUUUUAGGGUUAUAUGACAGAAGCUCACUAAAUGCAUUUGAACUGGUACCCAUGCAGAGCCUGUAAAUGUGCGGAGUCUCACAGGCAGUUGUCGAGAUGUAUAGCCGUGCGAAUAUACUGGUGACGGAUACUUCUGUUCCAGAAUAGAUGUGUUCUAACGUGCAACCAGGUGAUGGUUGCUUGUCAACAAUGCUCUUUCAUGUUUUAUCUUUCACUACAUUUCAGCUACCGCCAGGAAAUAAACAAAAAUAAUUCAUUUUAAUUGUGACGUAAGAAAUGUAUGCUACUGCAAAUAUCGUGAUGCAGGUUCAGAUAACAAUUUCUGUGCAUCUCCAAUUUAAUUUUUUUUUUAGAACUUUCAGUUUCACUUGCUUGCCAUUCAUUUGAACCCACAGUUUAUUUGGACAGGAAAUUUGCAGUAACUGUCUGUGUUCUGCCUGUGCUUUUAUGAGAGGCAAUAAACAUCUUUAGCUGAAGCAAAAUAGCCCAACCAGUAUUGUAUCUCUGCUGUAUUUGAUUUUUGUGUAGGACUGUGUAUAUAACCGUGCACAGGCUCCUCAGUUAUUGGGGAACAUGCGAGGUGUUUCUUUCACCUCUGUGAGUUUUAUAAAACUCGAUGCUGCAAGUGGGAACUCGUGUCUUGAGUUACUGUGGACCAAUAGAGCAAAGUCGUAUCAGUCAUUCCACAAAGAGAAUCAGCCCUGAGACAUUAUGCGGUAGUUUUCGUCCGAACAGAUUUGUGGUCACAAGCUCCCGUGCUCCAGUGGCAGUGUCCCCUUUUAUAUUAAGCAUCAUUUUUUUGACUACAUGUUUGUGCUAUCUGUUGCACAUGAACUUGUGAUUUUGUUUAUUAGUUAUGGAUAUAUUUAUUGUUAACAAUGUUAGAUAUUUGCAUUAAGUUUUACACUUGACGUUGGUAGAAAGUCUGACUGAGCAGUGGUGGAGCUACCUAAGAGAGAAAAUAUUUUGUGUAAAUUUUUGCUGUAAUUUAAAAACAUUUCGUAACUUUGCUGAUAAUUUGAAAGAUUAUUUAUGGCAUUUAAUAUUUUGAGCUACGUAAGCAGUUUAUGUCUUAUUUGAGUGUCAGCAGUUUUUGGUUUUACCUUUCUUUUGUUACGCUUGUAUGUGUGAAAUUUUAUUUUUGUCUUGUAAUGAUAUGGUAGCUCAGUACUGAUGGAUAUUACAUGUUUCACAUUUUGUAUUGGGAAGUAACUUGUUCGUACUCAAACGCAGUAUUAUUGUGCUCAUGUUCCACUUGUCUCUUUCUUUUUUUGUGUAAUAAAAGUGAUUGAUAAGAUUGCAA